AUGGAGCUGGGCCACCGAGCAGGCACAACGACUUUGCCCAGGGCCCAUCUGAACAGCAAGGAAGACCAGCAGGACACGAACCCCUGGAGAACUGCCCCCAGCCCUUUGGACACCUCCAAGUUCAAGUACGAGGCCCCAGUCUCCCCACAGCAGACUCUGUACCGGGGAGGCCGCCGCCUAAGGCAGGUCCACCUGGAGGAGGUCAGGACUCCACCCCCAUCGGUCAUCAGCAGCGACCGUCUGUGCCCGGGGAUGGACCCCCAGCGUGGGUCCCCGAGGAAGGGAGGCUACAGACCCUCCUCGAGGGAGAACAGGGCUUCUUUCCGAGAGGGGGCUCAGCUGAACCAGGGGCUGAAGGAAGGCCCCAACACAGGAGCCCAGGGCCAGAGGAGCAGCAUCAUUCCUGACAACAUUCGUCACAAGUUUGGGAGCAACGUGGUGGACGAGCUGGUCUCUGAGGAGCAGGCUCGAAGGGCCAUCGGUGAGGUCUCUGAGGGCCAGAAGAGGGCAAACUCAUGGCCCAGCAGGACCCAGAGUCCCGUGAAAAUCACCUCCAUCUUCUCAGACUACUAUGAUUUGGGCUACAACAUGCGAUCAAAUUUGUUUCAAGGAGCCCCCGAGGAGACGAAGAGCCUCAUGAGGGCCUCCUACACUCCAGAGGUGAUUGAGAAAUCAGUGAGGGACAUAGAGCACUGGCAUGGCAGGAAGACGGACGAUCUGGGACGGUGGCACCAGAAAAAUGCGAUGAAUAUGAACUUACAGAAAGCAUUGGAUGAGAGAUUUGGAGAAAAGAGCAAAAACAAGAGCUCAAAGUACUAG